AUGGGUUUCUUCAAGAAGAAGAACAAAGGUGAAGGCAAGAACAGCCCAGUGCCUGAAACCAAUCCUUACGCCCAGGACAACUCUUCGAAACCAGACGCGUACCAAAGUGCUUCUACCAAUGGUUAUGGAAAUUUAGGCUCUGCUCCUCCUCCGCCAUAUACUCACAACAAUUCUGUCAAUGAUGGUGGUUUUAGAACUCGAGACAAUCAAGACUAUGACUCUUCACAGGCUCGGGAUGAAAAAUCACCUGUGCCUCAAGGUGGCUACGGAGGCACUCAGUAUGGUGGUAAUUCUGCUUAUGGCGGUGGUAGAUAUGGCGGAGGACAUUCUUACGGAGACUAUCCCGCCGGUACCAAUUCGUAUGAUACGACAUCCAGACUUGCUCGUCGUGCAGGUUAUGGUGGUUUAGGUGGAGCGGAUAUUCGAGAUGACCCCAAUAGAGAAGCCUUAUUCGGGAAAGCACCGCAACGAGACCAUUCCGCCAAUCCCUAUGCCUCAUCAAGUAACAUGCUCGCAGGACCGACGGGUCAUGCUGCGAGCGGUGUUGGGCGGAGCGAGCUAUUUGGGAAUGCAGCAGAUCGUGUCCAGCGAAGACAAGAUGACCUCGGAACUGGCCAUCGAGAAUACGAAGACAACUAUGAUGGUCUUACUGAAGAGCAAAAAGAGGCUCGAGAUGUGAAGAGAAUUCGUCAAGAAGCAAACGCAUGGCGUGGUGAAUCUGCACAAUCUGUAAAAAGGGCAGUAGCAACGACAGAUUCGAUUAAAGAAAUGGCUGCAGCGACUCGAAAGAAAAUUUAUGACCAGGGCGAGAGCUUGAAUAAGUCCGAGAAAAUAAUGCAUGCUGCAAAAUACCAGGUGGAGCAAGCAGGGAACGGUAUACACAGACUAGGCAAAUUGCAGAGUGUGUUUUCAAUAGACCCUGCUACAAAAGAUAUAUCUGCGAAGCAGGAAAAACACCAAGCUGAGAAACGCGCCAUGAACGAGCACCAACAUCAGCAAACCCAAUUGAAGAACUCUCAGCCUCCCAAACAAGAUACCGUAUCCCAUGCUCCCAAAAGAACACCCGAUCCGAAGUAUUUCGUCCCCGAUGAAGACGAUUCAGAUGCAGAGAGACAGAUGGCUUUUGAAGAAGACAUUGACAAUGGUCUCGAGCACAUGCGGCGGGGUGUUGCAGACAUCAAGUUUUUAGGGACCGACAUGGGUAGAGAGAUUGCGCGACAGAACGAGCAUAUCGGCAAGAUCGACGAAGGUGCACACAAACUCAAUUCAAACAUUGAGUUGCAGCGCCAUAAAUUGGACAGUUUCCGAUAA